AUGUUUGAAAGAAGUUUCUACAAUUUGCACUUACGAGAAAACAACAUUCCAGGGCUGCUCAUUGGAUCAGUCCAUGCCGCGGAUGUGGACACAGAAGAGAAUGCCAAAGUAACCUACUCUCUUUUGUUUGGAAAGAUCAGGGAAAAGCCUGCAUCAUCUUACAUCUCCAUCAACUCUGAAACUGGGAACUUGUAUGCCAUUCGAUCUGUGGAUUACGAGGAUAUACAGGAUUUCCAGGUGAUGGUGAGAGCCAUAGACAAGGGCUCCCCUCCACUGAGCUCAGAAAUAAUGGUGCGAGUUCUCAUCACGGAUGAAAAUGACAAUGUCCCCUUCAUCCUCUGCCCCCUUCAGAACAGCACUUCUCCAUCAAAUGAUCUGGUUCCCCGGGGAGCAGAGACAGGCUACUUAGUCACCAAAGUGGUGGCAGUGGACAGAGAUUCAGGGCAGAAUUCUUGGCUUUCCUAUCAACUGCUGAAGGCCACAGAUCCAAGUCUCUUUGCUGUUGGGAGUCAGAAUGGAGAGGUAAAAACCAUGAGGCCAAUGAACACCCGAGACAGUUUCAAACACACUCUUAUUGUGGUAGUUAGGGAUAAUGGGCAUCCUCCUCAGUCUGCCUCUGCGACCCUAAGAAUUCUUCUAGUGGACGGCUUCUCCGAUCCUUACAUGAAAAUUAUGGAUAAUCCUAUGGGUGAAAUCCUGCAGGAAGGAGAUCAUACUCUAACAAUGUAUUUGAUUAUCUGCUUGGUUGCCAUCUCAUCCAUUUUUCUGCUUUCUGUCAUGGUGUUUAUUGCAACCAAAUUUCAGAAGCGAAGGAAGUUCAUAGGAAGUUCUGCAUCAAAUUUCCCUGGUGGACCAAAUUUGCAAGACAAUUGUGUGGAUCCUAAUUCUGGGACAUCUUCCCAGGCCUACAGCUAUGAAGUGUGCUUAGCUGAUGGGUCUCUAAGCAGUGAGUUCAAGUUCCUUAGGCCUUUCUUUCCUGUUUUUACUAUGGAGCAUCAUAGAACUGUGCUGAAUCCACACACUGGAAAUGAGUGCUGUGAUGUUCCUAAUCAACUGGAGGAAAGAGAGCAUAUAUCCCAG